AUGGCUUCUUUUUCAAUAGAAGAGUUUGUUGGGGAGGGAGUUCUGAAAGUGCUGCUUCCAAAGCUGUUGGAAGAAGGCUGGGAUGAUGUGCCGACCUUAAAAAUCAUGAAUACAGAGGAUAUGGAUGCAUUAAGCAUGACACAGCUAGAGAAGGAUGCACUGGAAAUCAGGUCAUACCUGCAUGACCGUGCUUUGAUGCAAUAUGGUGAUAGGAUCGAGUCCAGUGGGAAAUGUCUGUCUGAGCUCCUUAACUUAAACCCCGGAGAUCUUUCUUCCCAGUUUGGCAUGAAGCGAGGCCAUGUUGCCCGUUUUAUGGACAGAACCAGUGCUUGUGCAGAUCACCUACCAAACUCGCAUCCUUCCCUUGCAACAGAAAAAAUUACCUUACUUUCGAAAAAUACUAGCAUUCAAAGGAGUUUUCAAUCUGUAAACUGUCAGAAGUUUCAUAGUAAAUUACCAACAAGAAAUAGUUCAAUCAAUAGCAAAUCUCUGCAACAAUCACUGGCCAGUUUUAAGAUUAAGGAUGGAUACAUUUUCAAAGGGAUAGUUGCUAUGGAGCCAGCUGAACCUAGAGCAUGUGGUUGUGUACAACCUCCUCCUGUAGUUGAAAAAGUUGCUCCAUACUCUACCAUCGAAAACAUCUCAAUUCAGAAGCUAACUCCAGAGUAUAAGAUGGGGAUGGAGCAUUUGGUGAAAACCAAAACACCUCCAAUGAAGGCUUCGGAACUGUGGCGAAACAAACCAGCAGUCCUUCUCUGCAUCCGACGUCCAGGGUGCAUCAUGUGUAGGGCUGAAGCUCACCAGCUAUAUGCCAAAAAACCCAUUUUUGAUUCACUGGGAAUUCAACUAUUUGCAGUUCUUCAUGAGCAUAUGGAGUCAGAGAUAAAGGACUUCUGGCCUCGAUACUGGGGUGGUGUUGUAUUGUUUGAUCGCGGAAUGGAAUUCUUCAAAGCACUUGGUGGAGGGAAACUGCUCAAGGAAAAAUUCCUAUCAGGUUUUGAGAAGGUGAAAUUAAGGGGGGACUCUUUGUAG